UUCCGAUGCCCCUUCUAAAACUGUCUGUGCGCAGUCUGCAUACGCGGUGAAUUCUGAUUGGAUGUCAGUCGAACCUAUGGACCGGAAGUGGAUCUGAUGCGGGAACUUGUGUGACGGUAAUUUUUGCGGUUGGUGUGAGAUGGAUGCACUUAAUAAACUAAAACAAUUUGACGCGUAUCCGAAAACUCUUGAGGAUUUUAGGGUGAAAACAUGCGGUGGGGCUACAGUGACCAUUAUAAGUGGUCUGAUCAUGCUGAUCCUGUUCUUUUCCGAGUUGCAGUACUACCUAACUAAAGAGGUACAUCCAGAAUUGUUCGUGGACACAUCUCGAGGAGAUAAGCUCAAAAUUAACAUAGAUGUCAUCUUUCCCCAUAUGCCAUGUGUCUAUCUCAGUAUUGAUGCAAUGGAUGUCGCUGGAGAGCAGCAAUUGGAUGUAGAGCACAACCUGUUUAAACAAAGGCUUGACAAGGAUGGCAAACCUGUCACUACUGAGGCAGACAAACACGAUUUAGGUCAAGAAGAGGGUGAAGCGGAGGUGUUUGACCCAAGUAAAUUGGACCCCGACCGCUGUGAGAGCUGCUACGGAGCUGAGACUGAAGACCUAAAAUGUUGUAACUCUUGUGAUGAUGUGCGAGAGGCGUAUCGACGGAGAGGCUGGGCUUUCAAGACCCCGGACACCAUUGUGCAGUGCAAGAGAGAGGGUUUCAGUCAGAGGAUGCAGGAGCAGAAGAAUGAGGGCUGCCAGGUGUUUGGAUUCCUGGAAGUCAACAAGGUGGCUGGAAAUUUCCAUUUUGCACCUGGCAAAAGCUUUCAGCAGUCUCAUGUCCAUGUGCACGCUGUGGAAAUUCAUGAUCUGCAGAGUUUUGGACUAGAUAAUAUAAAUAUGACGCACGUAAUCAAACACCUCUCAUUUGGCAAAGACUACCCUGGUAUUGUCAACCCACUGGACGGAACUUACGUUGCAGCACCACAAGCGUCCAUGAUGUACCAGUAUUUUGUGAAAAUAGUGCCAACUAUCUACGUCAAAGGAGAUGGAGAGGUGGUGAAAACAAACCAAUUUUCAGUGACUCGUCAUGAGAAAGUGGCCAAUGGCCUGAUUGGAGAUCAGGGACUCCCAGGAGUGUUUGUGCUCUAUGAACUUUCUCCUAUGAUGGUCAAAUUCACUGAAAAACAACGGUCUUUCACUCAUUUCUUGACGGGAGUUUGUGCAAUCAUCGGUGGUGUGUUUACAGUGGCUGGACUCAUAGAUUCAUUAAUAUACCACUCAGCAAAAGCCAUCCAGAAGAAGAUUGAGUUGGGGAAGGCAUCGUAGCCAGAACUGUUAUUAAAACUGAUGCAGCAACUGGUUGCAGCAAGUUCUGUCUGUCAAGGGAAGGGGUCCACAGACUGAUUCUCAGCUCGUGGUAAAUUGAGCUCUAGUCCUCAACACUCAACCAUGCAGUACUGCUUUUGAAAAAUCCCAUCCCAGUUUGAGAGAGAGAUAAGACUUGCUGGGCCAAAGAGGAUUCAUCUCUGGCUUUAUCAAACACAGUACUUUACACUGACAUAUCAAUUGGAAUCCACUUUUUUUUUCUUUAAACAAUGAAUUGUUUUUUCCCCCAGUCUCAAGAAGGUGUCAGAAAUUAUUUCACAAAACACAUUAUAAUAUCAUGCAUCAGUGUUUUUUUUCCCAUUACAUGGAGAUGUUGCCUGUUUACAGAAUCAGAAAAUGUGGGUACUCCAGGCCCUAAUGGUAGACAUCUCACUUUACAGCUGAACUUCUAUGAAGGUAUAAUUCCAAUGGGACAGAAUUCGUCUAAAGCUCAGCCUACCAUCUAAACUGGAGAUGAAGUGACUAAAACGGGAAUAAGUUGGGUCGUUGGGUUAAAUACACUCACAGAGGAGCGCAGAAGGUGCCAGAUGUGAAUUGUUUUAUUGUAUUGGCACCUUCACAACAAAUCAGGAGCUGUUUGUGUGUGUGUGUGUGUGUGUGUGUGUGUGUGUGUGUGUGUGUGUGUGUGUGUGUGUGUGUGUACAUGUAUGGGUGUGUGAUGGGGUGACUAGGCAGGUGUUUGUGUUGGUGUUGGUGGGUGAGCUGUUUGUGUGGGGUUGUUCCUGCCUGCUUGACCUUUCUGUGUGUGUGUGUGUGUGUGUGUGUG